AUGCCAAAGCGAAACAACAAACGGAGGUGGAUUUAUACAACUGAGCUGAACCCUUUUUAUAGCGUCGACGAAAAGAUUCAAACUUUCACUGGCCUAAGAUUGAAAUUCUUUCUAGUCAUUUACAAUCUCAAGGACAUGAAGUUUUUGUCGUUUCUCGUUAAAGGAAUUCGCAGUGUAACAAGAAAAACACCGAUUACUGAGUGUUUACUUGUAGGUGGGACUUUCCUUCUUCCGUAUGCUGUUUAUUCAAAGAAAGAACUUUUAAGUAAAAGACUACUUGUUCAUGCUGCGUGCGCUACUAGAUUUGCUCCUCAAGGAUCUGUUGUUAGUGAGACUAAGUCACAUGCUCUAUACCUGACCAUUCACUUGGAUCCCCAGGCAUCACCGCAAGAAUGUUUGAAGUCUGUUGGACAAAUCAAGAAAUAUGUUGAUGCGAUUUGUCCACCUGACUCACGAAGUGAAGAAGAUGAGAUUCUAUACGGUGUUGGCUUUGGACUUGAAUUUCUACAAAAAAUUAGCCCUAAUUUUCAGUCUAGAGGAAUUAAUAAUUACGAAUACCGUGAACGGUCAGGAAAUCUUGGUAAAUUACCUAAAACAGGUGGAGAUAUAUUUAUUCAUGCUAAAUGUCAUGAAUAUGGUAAAUUGUUUGAAUUGACACAAGCUAUUAUCAAUAAUUUACCAAAUGGAUCUGUAAUCAAAUUUGAAGAUAUCUACGGAUGGGUUUAUCGUAAUGGACGAGAUUUGAGUGGUUUCAUUGAUGGCACAGAGAAUCCGGCAGAUCCUGAUGAACGAGCUGAAGUGGCGAUCAAUACAAAGACCGGUGGAAGUUACGCUGUUGUUCAAAAAUGGGUUCACAAUAUGGAUAUGAUUCAGACAACAAAAGAUCACACCAAAGAAGGAUGGAUUGGUCGAACAUUGGAAGAUAGUAUCGAGUUGAAGAACAAACCUGUUACGUCUCAUGUCGCCAGAAUGAUUGGAUCUGCCGAUUAUGAUGCUCCAUCAAAGUACAAAAUAGUUCGACAAUCUCAACCAUACGGAACUUUAUCCGGCGAUGCUGGUCUACUAUUUAUUGCAUAUGCAGCUGACACAAAAAAUUUCGAUUUCAUGUUGGAUCGAAUGACUGGAGAUUGUGAAGAUAGAAAAAGUGACGAUGUCAUGCGUUUUACCAAAUGUGUCACUGGGAAUUAUUGGUAUUUUCCUAGUGUACCAGAAUUUGAUCGUUUAGUUAGCGGUGGUCUAUGGGGAUUUUGGCGAAAAUAAAAUCUAAUAUCUUAUUUUUUUGUUUGUUUGUAAUGAGUGAACAUAUUUAAAUGAAAUAUAUAACCUAAUUUCCGCUUUGUUCAUGAUCUAUUGAGAUGUAGUGUAAUUGCGUAUGUAGAUGACAAAUUUCAGUUUAGUUUAGAAAAACACUGACGUUAUUCAGAAUGCUCUAACCUCACUGAAUAACAACAAAAAAUAACUCGAAUGUUUCCUAACGAAUGAUUUGCUCAAUUUAACUAACAGUGGGGUAGUCUUCUUAAACAGUCCACUCACCUUGAAAGUCUCAUCUUCCUUGGUGAGCCUUGAAUUUCUCCCCUCCUCUUGAAACAUAUUAUCUACACUUAACUCUUCUACAACAAUUGGGUUAUACGUUGCCUUUGACUGACUGAAUGGCGGGCUUUGUGGCGGAAAUUUAUACUGCUCAACAGUCUUCUCCGUAUAGUUCUAUUGCUGUGAAACAUGAAAGUUAAGGAUACGUAGUGUACACGUCUUUGGUCAUAGGUGAUGGUAGACGUUUUUUAGACUUACAAAGUGUUGGGAUAUUCGGAAAAAUAUAUACCAAUAAUUAUCAUGUUAAGUAUAAUGGUGUCCUUGGGUUUUAAAUGGAAAUUCCCUAUUGGUCAAUGUUUAUUUCAUUUGUUAAAUAUUGUACAAAUGUUGUUUUCUAUUUUAUGGUACGAUGUGGUUUGUUUGAUUGGUAUAUAAACAGAGUAUGUCUGAAAUAUAAUGAUUCAUAUCUCAGAGGCUGA